AUGAGCCGCACACAGAAAAAAGCACUAGUGGUUAUCUUCCCCGGGUUCAACGUUCUCGAUGUGAGCGGUCCAGUUUCAGUACUUUACAAUUCGGACUUCUCCGUUAGCUAUGCUGCGAAGGAUGAACUCACAACAUCUCAAGAGAGCGCAACAAUUAAGAGAGACAUAUCCCUUGCUGAAGCCAAACUUCAUCUGUCAGAUUAUGAAAUAUUGAUCGUCCCUGGCUCACGGCCAAAUAAUAUCCUGCCGCACAUGGAACCCGAACAGGGGCAGCUAUCAGAGCUUGUUAAAUUUAUCGCCUGUUUUGCAUCUGACACAGAUCAAGAUAACGUACGGCAGCGUACCAUCUUGGCAGUUUGCAUUGGAGCCUACCUCUUAGCCUCUGGGGGUGUACUUGAUGGCCUCACUGCAACUACACACCGUCUUGCGCUCCCCGGGCUACGAGGUGCGACUCAACAUUAUCUGGAUCAAACUCCCGGUGCGAAGGGUACUAGAAUCGUCCCCGAAGAUCCCUCAGACCUGGUUUCUUAUUUGGAUGCUGGCCUGAACCAGUUCGGAGUCAGAAUCAUCACGACAGGCGCUAUGGUCAAUGGCAUCGAUGCCGCAUUGCAUUUCGUCAGCCUUGGUUUGAGUCGAUCACUUGCAAUUGAGGUCGCAGAGAUCAUGGGGCAUCGAUGGAAGGAUAUAUAG